UGCUGCGCGUGCGCGGGCGGAGCGGCGCCGGAGUCGUCUUUUUUGCCGCCUCCGCCGCCGCGGCGGCCGUGUCCCUUGGAUUUGAGUCUCCAGCAUUCUUCGUUCGCUCGCCGGCGGGUUCGCGCCCCUCUCGAGCCCCCGGGCAGCGAGGCUGGGGAAGGGGUUGGAGGGGGCUGUUGAUCUCCGCCUUUAAGUUGUGCUCGGGGCGGCCAUGUCGGCCGGCGAGGUCGAGCGCCUAGUGUCGGAGCUGAGCGGCGGGACCGGAGGGGAUGAGGAGGAAGAGUGGCUCUAUGGCGGCCCAUGGGACGUGCAUGUGCACAGUGAUUUGGCAAAGGACCUAGAUGAAAAUGAAGUUGAAAGGCCAGAAGAAGAAAAUGCCAGUGCUAAUCCUCCAUCUGGAGUUGAAGAUGAAACUGCUGAAAACGGCGUACCUAAACCGAAAGUGACUGAGACUGAAGAUGAUAGUGAUAGUGACAGUGAUGAUGAUGAGGAUGACGUUCAUGUCACUAUAGGAGACAUUAAAACGGGAGCACCACAGUAUGGGAGUUAUGGUACAGCACCUGUAAAUCUUAACAUCAAAACAGGAGGAAGAGUUUAUGGAACCACAGUAGGAACGAAAGUCAAAGGGGUAGAUCUUGAUGCACCUGGAAGCAUUAAUGGAGUUCCCCUUUUGGAGGUAGAUUUGGAUUCUUUUGAAGAUAAACCAUGGCGUAAACCUGGUGCUGAUCUUUCUGAUUAUUUUAAUUAUGGGUUUAAUGAAGAUACCUGGAAAGCGUACUGUGAAAAGCAAAAGAGGAUACGAAUGGGACUUGAAGUUAUACCAGUUACCUCUACUACAAAUAAAAUUACGGCCGAAGACUGUACUAUGGAAGUUACACCAGGUGCAGAGAUCCAAGAUGGCAGAUUCAAUCUUUUUAAGGUACAGCAGGGAAGAACUGGAAAUUCGGAGAAGGAAACAGCACUUCCAUCUACAAAAGCUGAGUUUACUUCUCCUCCUUCCUUGUUCAAGACUGGACUCCCACCAAGCAGAAACAGCACCUCUUCUCAGUCUCAGACAAGUACUGCCUCCAGAAAAGCCAGUUCAAGCGUUGGGAAGUGGCAGGAUCGAUAUGGGAGGGCCGAAUCACCCGACCUAAGGAGAUUGCCUGGGGCAAUUGAUGUUAUUGGUCAGACUAUAACUAUCAGCCGGGUAGAAGGAAGGCGACGGGCAAAUGAAAACAGCAACAUACAGGUCCUUUCUGAGAGAUCUGCUACUGAAGUAGACAACAAUUUUAGCAAACCACCUCCAUUUUUCCCUCCAGGAGCUCCUCCUACCCAUCUUCCACCUCCUCCAUUUCUUCCACCUCCUCCAACUGUCAGCACUGCUCCACCUCUGAUUCCACCACCAGGUAUUCCAAUAACUGUACCACCUCCAGGUUUUCCUCCUCCACCAGGCGCUCCACCUCCAUCUCUUAUACCAACAAUAGAAAGUGGACAUUCCUCUGGUUAUGAUAGUCGUUCUGCACGUGCUUUUCCAUAUGGCAAUGUUGCCUUUCCCCACCUUCCUGGUUCUGCUCCCUCAUGGCCUAGUCUUGUGGACACCAGUAAGCAAUGGGACUAUUAUGCAAGAAGAGAGAAAGACCGAGACAGAGAUAGAGAUAGAGACCGAGAGCGAGAUCGUGACCGGGACAGAGAAAGAGAACGCACCAGAGAAAGAGAGAGGGAGCGUGAUCACAGCCCCACGCCAAGUGUUUUCAACAGUGAUGAAGAACGAUACAGAUACAGAGAGUAUGCCGAAAGAGGCUAUGAGCGCCACAGAGCAAGCCGGGAGAAAGAAGAACGACACAGGGAGAGACGGCACAGAGAGAAGGAGGAGACCAGACACAAGUCCUCUCGAAGUAAUAGUAGGCGUCGCCAUGAAAGUGAAGAAGGAGACAGUCAUAGGAGGCACAAGCACAAAAAAUCUAAAAGAAGCAAAGAAGGAAAAGAAGCUGGCAGCGAGCCUGCCCCCGAGCAGGAGAGCACCGAGGCUGCCCCUGCGGAAUAGGCAUGCUCGUGCCUUGUGUACAGCAGUGCCGGAAGUAGAUACUCUAGAUCUUGUUAUUUUUCUGAAUAAUGUUGAAGAAAUUUGCCUUUAAUCUUGUUCUGUUAGUAUGAAAAGUUCACUUUUUUCUUCCAAAAUAAAAGAGCAAAUUUUUCAUGUUAACUUAAAAAAAAAAACUUUGUCUUGUAAUAUUUAAAAAAUAAAAAGACAGUAAUGACUUUAUAUCCAAGAAAGUAAUGUGAAUGAGUCACUCAGCAGGGAAUUUCAAAGAGCUACGUUUAGCUAUGUACAUACACACUAUCUGAUUAAGGUCAAGGUUCCACUGCCUUGGCCAGUUUUGAGUUAAUCACAUACCAAUUUCUUAAGAGGUUGCACUGCAAAAUGCAUCCAAAGGCACCUCUGAGUCUUGAGAUUAAAACUAGUCUUAUCACUGCUGUGGCACUGUCACUUAGCAUAUUAGAGAACUCACAUAACAGUUUUUAUAACUUUUUGAUAGCAGGUUUUUCAGUGUUCUAAAUUUGGGUUCAUGGUAAAACUAAAUGGGGGGAACUUUUCUAUCCAAAGUAAUAAAAUGUUAUGGCAUUUGGGUGGCCUCUGGAAUAACUUGCCCUAAGUGUAGUUUCUGUCAGGCACGUGGACAAAUACUCGUCACUGUGACACAAAUCAGAAUUGCCUCAAGGCCAUAUCAUGUGAGCCAAGGUCAAGCUGGUUUGGCCUUUCUUGAUGCUUUUUCCAAGGCUCAUUGGUUGAGCAGCACAUGGAGUUUUUAUACAGUUACUAGCUAUAUUGUGAAUAAAAAUAAAUGACAGCCUGUAGAUUAGUCAUUUCCUAUUAAAUCUAAGAAAAUACAAGUUUAUAAUUCUGUGAGCAUUUUUAGGGGUGACCCUUAGGAGGUAUUUGCCAGUGAUGGUAACAACAUGGUUUUAAAAGAAUGUAUUACUAGGAACUUUUAAAUAGUCAUAAAAGAAAUGAACUUAGUAUCAUGUACUAGAAGACACCUAUAUAAGUUUUGAAAAAUAUUUAUUUCUCAUUUGAUGAACAUUUUUCAACAAUGCACUUUCAAAAUCCUCUGUCUGGAAAUUGUUUUUAAAAUGCCCAGAAUGUACCUUUGCAGACCUCAGCAUAUACCAAAUUUUUAAGUGUAUGAUUUGAAUUCAUUGGGGGCAAACAGACCAUUUCAGCUAUUUAAGAGCUUUUUAUGACUAGAAAUAUAUAAACUUAAAAGCUGUAGAGUAAUGAAAAAUUCUCUACACUGAAUAAAAACUAUUAGUAAUAUGUUUAUGUUUCGAGAAUUAAUUAUACUUUGUGAGGUGUGGCUUUCAUUCGAUUAUACUUUUCCUGACAUUAACGUUUACAUUUUUACAGUGUAGCCUUCAAAUACAAAAAUUGACAAGAUAAAUGUUGUUUCAACUUAGCUUAUUUGUGAUUUCCUUUUUCCUGUGACCCAUCACUGAGUUUAUAAAAAAGUGCCAGGCCAAGAAACAAUAGUGAGAGUAAUUUUUCCUUUAAGUUCUUUCAGCAUCCUUGCCAAGCAAGCAUGUAUCAUUCCUGAUGUACUUCUACCAUUGACAGCAAGAAGAAUAUCACCACAUCUAAAAAUAAAUAAAUGAAACAAGGUAUAUGAUUAACAUUUUGAGCCAUAGCUGAAGUUAAUGCAUCUUUUUUUUUGGUCGUCCUAGUUUUUGCUACAUCAACUUUUAUUAGUUCUAAUUAAGGUUCUCCUCACCCCCCUCACUUGAAUUCUUCAAAUUCUAUCUAUUCAGCCUGUUUUAGAAAGAAUACUAAAAGUAUAGGAAGUUGCUGUAUGGGGCAAGAGUAACUCAUCAUUUUGGAUUUCUCAGAAAUUGAAUGCUACAUAAGUGUUUAAUUUCUUGCCAGUAAAAAAGGUAUGAUAAACAAAUGCCUUAUUUCAAAUGGGUUCAAGCUUUUGCACGUAUGCAACACAAUCUGUACGUGGUGAAGUAUUUAGGGGUGACAUCUUAACGUGUUCAAUGUACAUUCAAGCAAUUCUGCAAUAUGUAUAAAUAUCAAUAUAUAUUUAGACAGAAAGCAAAAGUGGUAAGCUAUUUACCAUUAGUGACUCUAGAUAAAAUCUGGGGAUUAUGCUUUUUCAACUUUUCUGGAGGUUUGAACAUUUCUAAAUAAAAAAUUAGCAGAAAAAAAGUCUUUGAAUAUCAGUUUUUCAUUAAGUAGUCAUUAUUAUUACCUAAUUCUUCCAUCAUUGUAUGCUGGUGUUCCUUCAACAAUGGAUUUGAUAAAAAAAGGUUUGUUCCCAUUGUAUUCUUCAUAACCUCCUACAAUGCAGAAGCCCAGACUUCCAGCUGUGUUUCUUCGCAAUACAACAUCUUUACAGUUAUACAGGUACCUGAAACAAGAUGUAAUCAGUAUAAAUGCACAGUAAAAUUGAACUCCUUGUAAUUAUUGUGAUUCAUCUCCCAUUUCCUUUGUUGGCUUUUUAGGCUUAAUAGCACUGCAUGGAUCUUACUCAAAACUGUCACAGCCCAGUAACCUUUGUGCUGUUAGCUGGCUUUUUCUAAUUGAACUGUUUUCCACAGCUAAACACCCUUUAAAACAAUGAUACCAUCUAUUAGGUUCUGCUUAUAUGUCUACUGAGAAAUAAUCAUAUUUUUGGCUUAAAGAUGAUUUAAUGCCUUAAUUUAUAUUAAAAAGUUGGAUAUGCCUAAAUCCUUACUCAUGAACCAAAUUCAAGCAUACUUACGGACGUCAUAUUUUUAUUUACUUAAUGGAUGUAAAUUUUUAAUGAAGGCAAAAAUUCUUUGAAUCUCAGUGAAAAAAAAUUUAAACCCUAACUAACAGACUGACUGAAGUUUUGACUUUUGAAAAAUACCAGUUUAUAUGUAGUUCUACAUGUUUGAUAGGCUAUAGAGAAGCAUGCAGGCAUAAUUAGAGUGAAUGGAGAUAGAGGUGCAUUUAAAGAUAAGAACAAUUCAUAUUGCAGGAGAAAAAAUUAGCCAUAAGCUGAACAGCAAGUUAUAAAAGGAAUGGGAAGAAAGACCACAGGUUUUCUGUAAAUGAGUAGAAUCCUCAGCUAAAACAGAAAAUUAGAUCAAAGAAGCUAUUGCUUUUACUGUCCAGUGGCAGUUGCAUCCAUGUUAUCGUAAGUGCAGGCUAAGUAAGUACAAAACUGUGUGACAGUUGUGACAGAGCUGUGUCAGGAGCUGGAUUUGCAAAAUCCCUCAGUCCAGGCACUGGUUUGAAGGAAAAUUAGCAUUUUCAUGUUGGUAAAAAUCAAGAUAUGAUUGUUUUGUUUAUAAAUUGUACCUUAAAAUAUUAACUGCUUUUUGAAAAAUCAAUAAAAUGUCUCGUGAAAUGUUUUGUUAAGUGAAGUUAGUCAUUACAUUUGUUACUGACCUUGCUAAUCAAUGUAACAUGACUUUCUUUUCAUGGCAUUGCAACUCCCAUUUGAAGUAAAAGAAGCUUUGAGUUUGGUGGAUAACUUUAAAAUGUGCUAAAAUGCAGUGCUGCUCAGUUUUGCUUUGUAUCUGUUUUCAUGUAUCAUUUAAUUUUUCACUGAAAUGACAGCUGAAAAUAUAAAUUUCAUUAAAUGAAACAAUCAUUUUAUAUUGUAAAAUA